GGCAUGGCGGCGAGGCGGACUGAGAGGCGGACCUCUCCUGAAUCUUCCUCGAAGAUUACCAGGUGCCAAACACACAUCUGCAGUGUGAAACCUACCCUGUCCAAGAAACAGAAGGCUCUGUCUUUCCAGCUUUCUGUUAGAGGCCAAUGGUCCAUGUGGCCCGCAUUUGCAGGCGGCCAGACAGUCCUAAGGAAUCACAAACCCUGCAGUGCCCCAGAGGAGAGAACACCUGGCAAUGAACGGGCCCUUCUCACCAUUCCAAAGCCACGUCACCUGGAACAACUGGAGUCUUACUUAAGGAAAGAGCUGCAGACUCUUGCCCUGACUAAAGGGAUCUCCCAAGAACUGAAGCUGCAGCCCUACAGAGAGAUCUUUGAAUUCUUCAUAGAUAACUUCAAGACCUACAAGCCCUUGCUGUCAGCUAUAAAGAAUGAGUAUGAAGCCACAUUGGCUCAUCAGAAGGAGACAAUCCGUGCCCUAGAGCCCUUGAAGGCCAUGGUCACCACCGUGUCUGAGGAGUGCACCCAGCAGAUAUUAGCACUGCAGGAAAAGGAGAAAGUGGAAAUAAAUACUUUAAAGCAAGAGAAACAUCAUUUGUUAAAGUUUAUUGACAACAUGAAGGAAGAGAAGAGUUGUCUUCAGACUCAGGUGGAGCACCUGCAGAUGAGUGUAGCUGAGGAGUACACACGCUACCUCCAAGAGUACGGCGCCCGCAAACUGCUUGUAGCAAAACUGAAUGAGAUGCACAACGAGCAGCUGGAUGUGAAACAGCACCAGGUCCAAGGUGGUGAAAAGGGUGAAGACGUGGUGAAGCUCACUCUGGCACUGAAGAUGGCUCGGCAGGAUCUCACAAAAGCCCAAGUGAAGCUGAAUGCAAUGACAGCAGAGUACGGAGACGUUGUGCCUAGGAGAGAUUUUGAAUCACUGGAGAAGAAAUACUCUGACUUACUUCAGGAGAUGAAGACUCUGAGGAAGGAUUUUGAGCAGCUCCACGAGGAGUAUGGAACACUGCUGGAAAUCCACAGAGAGACUGCAGAAGAGCGAGACAGCUUCUACAGCCAACUGCAAGAAGCUGAACGCAGCCACACGCCCCGGCCCAACUGGGCAAAGUGUUCAGAAGUGAUUCCUGGUGGAGUGGAGCGGUGGGGCCGUCUGGCCGAGGGGAAGAGCAGCAAUCAGCUGGUGGAUGUGCUUCUGGAGGAAAUAGGAACAGCAGUGCUAAAAGAGAUGAAUGUCUUCCACGGAUGGGGCAAAGGUGACAAGGUUCCUGUGUACCUGAGGUAUGAAGGUGAAGUCAAGAACAAAAAGCCAACUAAGAAGGAUGUGGUGAACAUCCUGAAGGACAUCUGGAAAGAGAAAAUUGCACUAGAUCAGCAGACAGGAAAGUGUUCCAGUCUUCCUGAGUUCUUUCUCAGCUACCUCCAGAAGAAGUAUGGAGAUGCCUCUGCUAUGGAAUGGUCUUACAGUCUGUAUGAGUACAUGAGACUCUGCCCCUCAAACCACAUCAUGAGCUCGUUCUAUGAGAUACUCACUGGAAAGGUAGCUGAAGAGCAAUAUCACGACCAGAAUCAGCUGAUUUCUGACCUGCAGAAGCAGCUGGCUGCCUGUGACAGCUCCAGCAAUGGGUCCCUGCCCAGCAAGCAGUUCAGAAUGGCUCUGAGGGAGGCUUUUCCUCUGAAAAGAAGAGAUGCAAUCCAAGAGCUGGUUGAUGCAAGCAGGUUUAAUCUGGACAGUGAUGAAGACCUCAUUGACUACACAUCCUUAUUCGAAGAAGAUGAAGAGGGGAACCCUGAACCUUUUGUUGCAAAGCUCAGGAGCCAGUAUGUCAGUGAGAAGCAGGAGUACCUGCAAGAGCUGAAGAACAGCCUGGGAGAUGUAACAGAAGUGGAUGCAGAUGAUCUGAAGGCAGCUUUCUGCAGGAUUGAUCCCAAGAUCAAUGAUCAGAUGCUAGAUGCCUACAUUAGCCUGGCUUACCAGGUCAAAAGAGAACAGCCUGACCAAGAAGUUGUGCCUGUGGACACCGUGCUGGAGAGACUCCGUGUUGGAGAUGUGAGACGAGUAGGGCCCUCACCCAGGAAAGAAAGCACAACAGACUCUGAAGGAGAGUAAGGAAGCUUCCCACGUUAAGAAUAAAAAGCCUGUUUGAUCUGCAGUUUUGGAUACAGAGCUGAGUACACUAAAUACCACUUUUCAUGCAUGUAGAGACAAACCCAGUCACUAACUGUUGAGAGGAUAGGCUAGUUUGAACUGUCCUGGAAAAACAGAUUGCAUUUGUGAACUGGAGAGACAUCAUAGCCCACAUGACAGAAUAAGAACCAUCAGGUGUAUGAAGCCCCUGCAAUUUCUGCCUUGAUUACUGAAAUUGGUGCUGCCUACCUCCAGCAUAAGUUGCUAAGUGUCAGGAAAGGAAAUACAAAAGCACUGAAAAAGGAGAUGCAUCAUCUAACUAGGAAUCAGGUGUCCUAACUGCACGUAUCUCUGGGAGAAGUUCUGAAAACAGAAGAUUUAACACAGCAAAAUUCAGAAUAGCUGGAAAGAAGAGGGCAUUAAAACACAGAAGAUAUGUUUGGUAGAUGAACUUCAGAUUUGCAAAGCUCUCCAGGAGAGAGCAUCUAAUGGAAAGGCAAGGAAAGCACUGCACUACCAAAAGCAGGAUUCACUUGUUUUGCUUCACCCUGAGCAAUAUAGAUUCCAAAAAGUUAAAUGCAUUGCCCUGUAAGCAGCAGUUCUUUCUUUCACCCUUCCAGUUUCAUUGGUAGGACUUGAAAGAUAGCAAUCUAUCCCUCCAAGCCUUCAGUUUAGUUUACUAGAGCAACUAGAACACCUCUCAACAGAAGAGAGAAUGGAUAAGAAAUCCUACCUUGUCCUCCCUCAGCAGGAACAAGGAGGCUCUCUAGUCUCUCUUGAAGUGCUCUUAGAAAGAGGAUUCUCACAGCACUUCAGCAGAAAGAAGCUGGAAGCUCUGUUAUUACUUCAGACCAAAAUUUUCAAACCCUGGCAUACAAAGAUGUGAGGGUGCACUAAAAAAACUGCAUAAAACAGCAUAAAACAUUUUUAAAAGGACAAAUACUAUGUCAGUUAACAAAGCUGUUUCCUUUUAAAUACUGGAGAGGAAAAAAAGCCCAUAAUAAUGGAAUUACUUUUUUUGAACUUGAAAAUGACUGACCUUUGUAUUGGCAACUGCCUGUCAAAAUAACUCACUCACUGGCCUUCAUUUCCUAGCGUUGUGCAGAAUUGGUUUAACUUGUAAGCACUGCUGCCAAAAGCCAUGUAUGAUUUCCAGGAGUCCUCAUUAACUGCACCAUUUCAGACCUUUGGGAAGCUACACUGUACUUUUCAGUAAGGAACUCUUCCUCACAGAUCCAAGAAUACAGAAAACUGUAUUUUGUGGCUUUAGAACAUUCCUAAACUGCAAAGAAGAAAAAAGAAAAAGCAGUUACUCCACUCCUUUAGUCUGCAGUUUUCUUUCUUUAGUUUGGCUGAGCUGUGGCUGACCCCAGCUGGAAGCACCAGCCCUGUUCUGCCCCAUUCUGACUCGAGGGGACUGCAAAGUAGCAGCCCUGAGCCACCCCUUCUCCACAGACUAAUUAAUCAGUUUAAAGACUUUUUUUUUUUUUUAAUUAAUCUAAAAGCCCCAGUUUCUUAAAUUUAAGACAGCAGCUAAAAAUCAGAGAUAGUGGAGGAGGAAGGAACAGAUUUUUUCUUUCCCUGAAAAUAAGCAAGCACUUCAAUUGCCUUACCUUGGGAACUGCAAACUGGCUAAGUGGAAAGGAAGCAUGGUAGCAUGUCAGACUGGGAAACACAGAACAGCAUUACAGAUGAAUGAUAUCCAAGGAAAAGUUUUAUGUCUGUUCUUCUGAAAACUAUGUCAUCCUUCCCCAGCUGGUGAACUGUUUUAGAAAGCCAUCAUUCUUUGCUCCUUACAAACCCUCUGACGUGGCUGACCUUGCUCCUGGUGCAGCUUAGGCUCACUGUAAGCAGUAAAACCACAGACAAGCAUUUCACUCAUUCUCUCCCUUACCUGAAGGGCACAAGGGUUUAUUUGGCACCACGGUUGGCAUCAGGAAACACCUGCAGAAGUGCAGCCCUCAUCUCUGAGCAUGUGUUUUAGAAAUAAAGGGAGGGCCCAAACACAAAGCAUGGUGUGUUAUUAUUAGCUCUAUCUCAGCCAGCCACCACCUCACUCCCACUCUUUGAAAGGA